AUGCCACCGUUGCACUCCCGCACUCGCUACAUCCCUCCCACCCUCCUCAAUGCCGCCCAUGCCCACGCCCACGCCCUCAUCUCUGGACCCACGGCCUCCGAUCCCAGAACCCCACUGGAACCCGUCCGCGAGCGCCGCCCCGAGAUAUGUGCCAUGAUUACCUACGCACCCUCGCAUAGGGAGAGGAUGACGAUCGGCCUUGUGCAGUAUUACGGAUAA